GUAUCGCGAGUUGAACGCAGGCAAACGUUGUUCUACAUUUUCCCAAUCAGCGCUUACAAUGAAAAUGAAGCGAGCCGGAAGACGCGAAGCGAAUACUCAUCGUAUAAAGCACUCGGUUCUGGAGGAAGGUGUCAGUUGGAAAGUGCGAGCACUCGUACGAAGAACGAGAAACAGAACGGAUCGAACAUGAAAUCGAAGCUGCGAUGCCUGUGUCUGCCCGUGAUCUUCUUUCUCGCGAGCACGUCACUGGGGAAAGAGACACCGGAAGACACGCCGUGCAUCGACGAUAACAAGUUUUAUCGGAAUCCCAAUGCACCGACGCGCAACAUUUGGUCGCCCGUUGAAUGUGCCAAACAACGAGGUGUUUGAAUUCAGAUGCUCUCAGGGGUUGCUGUUCGACGUCUCUAGGCAAGUAUGCGAUUUCAAAGCGAACGUCGACAACUGCGACGUGAUGUCAGAGUCGCAGCCACCGAGACCGCUCCUCGAGGACGGUGACUGCGGUGAAAAGCAUUUAGCCUGCGGCGAUGGUACCUGUUUCCCGGCUACGUACUUUUGCGACGGAAGUGUCGAUUGUCCGGAUGGUUCCGACGAGGCCUAUUGCGAUGUUCAAGACGAUCCGAACGGCGCGGUGUCUUGCAAUCCGGAGGAAUGUCGACUGCCAAACUGUUGGUGCUCCUCGGACGGGACGCAAGUUCCUGGCAACUUGACGGCGUCGAUGGUGCCGCAGAUGAUAACAGUUACCUUCGACGACGCUGUGAACGCGGAGAAUUUCGAGCUUUUCUCUAAAAUUUUUUUAAACGAUAAGAAAAACCCGAACGGAUGUCCCGCUCGAGGCACUUUCUACGUCAGCCACCAGUACACCAAUUACAGAGACGUGCAAUACCUGUGGAACAUUGGGCACGAAAUUGCCGCGCACUCCGUCACGCAUCGGGGACCAGAAGAAUGGUGGUCGAGAAAUGCCACUAUCGAGGAUUGGUUCGACGAAAUGGUCGGCGUUGCGAAUAUCAUUAACAAAUACGCUGCGGUUCGUUUAGAAGAUAUCAAAGGUUUGAGGGCACCAUUUCUACGAACUGGUUGGAAUCGACAGUUUUUAAUGAUGUCAGAGUUUGGAUUUGUCUACGACUCGUCCAUGGUGGCACCGUUCUCCAACCUGCCUGUGUGGCCUUACACGCUGGACUACAGACCUCCACACAGUUGCGUAGCUCGUCAGCAAUUGUGUCCGACUCGUGCAUAUCCAGGUGUAUGGGAACUUCCGAUAAAUCAACUUUUAGCAGGCCAAUACACCUGUGCAAGAAUGGAUUCGUGUCCUUCGGAUUUGUCAGGCGAAGAUGUAUACAAAAUACUGACGCUGAAUUUUAAAAGGCAUUACCUUAGCAAUCGCGCCCCGCUGGGCUUGCAUUUUCAUGCAUCUUGGUUUCAAAAUCCGUCGUACUUUUACGCAUUCAGUAAAUUUAUGGACGAUGUAUUGAGAUUAAACGAUGUGUACUUCGUAACGAGCUAUCAGGUAAUCGAAUGGAUGCGCAAACCAACGUCCUUAAACGCAAUUGAAACGUUCAAGCCGUGGCAAUGUAACUCACGAAUAUUCCAGCCGUUUGAAUUUGCUUGCGAUUUACCGAACAGUUGCAAAUUACCAAGUAGAGUUCUUAAAUCGUAUCGUUAUUUACACACAUGUUUCGAAUGCCCUAAAGAAUAUCCUUGGUUGAGGAAUGAAUUUGGAACGGAAUAAUACCAAUGUUGCACACAUUUGUAACUUUUGUACGAAAAUCACGUUUCUUUAAUAGUAAAAUUCAUUACAAUAAUAUAACAUAAAUUAUAUUUAAUUCCAUUAUAAAAAGUUAGUUGAAAUCAGAACCUCCAGAGAUCAAGAAAUUUAAUUUCUUGUCAGAAAUGUUGGUCAAACGGAAAACAAUUUUAGUGUCUUAACCUUCUUGCUGUAUGAAAGGAUUUUGAAUGGAUUCCAUUCCGUCUACUGGGCAAAUAAGUACCACAGACGUGCCCCUGCAUACGACUAAACCUAACAUGCGAGUGUCUUGAUUCAAUUUAUAAGGAUCGUCCGGAUCUACAGAAAUAAAUGUAUCAAUAAAUAUAUUUGUAGUCGUACGAA